GCCUUCCUCACAGCCAAAUGGUGAUCAAAUAGAAUACCAAUUUAUAACGUGUUUCAUACAACACUCAAAAUUCGUAAGAAUGGCCGGUCUCCGAGUGCAAACGCUGAUCUUCGUUCUGGUGGCCGCGUUAGCGAUUCUAGAUCGUACAUUCGUGGAAGCAAACUUCGACAAGAAUUUUAUUGUUACAUGGGGUAAACAUCAUAUUGGAACGACCAACGGCAACCUUCGACUUGUCCUCGACAAAUCUGCAGGAUCUGCUAUUCGCUCAAAGGUGGCUCACUUGUUCGGAACUGUAGAAAUGCUUAUCAAACUUGUGCCAGGAAACUCUGCUGGAACCGUUGCAGCUUAUUACAUGUCGUCCACGGGAACUGCACACGACGAGAUAGACUUUGAGUUCCUAGGGAAUUCCACUGGCGAGCCGUACACGAUCCACACCAACAUAUUUGCUAAAGGGAAAGGAGAUCGCGAGCAACAAUUCAAACCAUGGUUUAACCCGACCAAUGGUUUCCACAACUAUACCAUUCAUUGGAACCCAUCUGAAGUUGUGUGGUUCGUGGAUGGAACUCCAAUCAGAGUUUUUAGGAACUACGAGAAAGAAGGAGUCGCAUACCCAAACAAGCAAGGUAUGAAAGUGUUUGCGAGUCUAUGGAGCGCAGACGACUGGGCGACACAAGGAGGUCGAGUGAAGACAAACUGGACACAAGCACCGUUUGUCGCUGAGGGCCGUAGGUACAAGGCAAGAACUUGCUUGUGGCAAGGACCGGCUAGCAUCAAGCAAUGCGCAGACCCAACCAUCAAGUCUAAUUGGUGGACUUCACCGUCGUUUAGCCAGCUAACUCGAUCGCAAAUAGACAGGAUGCAAAAGAUACGAUCUGGCUUCAUGAUCUAUGAUUACUGCAAGGACACUAACAGGUUCAAAGGUGUCAUGCCUCCCGAAUGCUCCAAGAGACAAUUCUAAUCAAAGUUUUUUUUUUCUAAUAUAUUUUCCCCUUUUCUGAUUUACAAUCGUAAUAUGUUUUCUUUGUGUGGAAUUCGUCUUGUGUGUUGAUUCAUUUAUAAUUUUCCAUUUAUAUAAUAAACAAGGAUAAGUUUGUUCUUUUCA